AUGGCGUGCUCAGUUGUGGUUGUUUUGCUUAUCGUUUUUGGUGCGGAAAGUUUUCUUGACGAAGAAAAUGUAGUACCAGAUUUGGCACCUCAUAUUGAUAAUCCGAUGGAGUUUGAAUUCAUUGAAGAUGUCCACAAGAAGCACUAUUUGAAGUCGUUAUUUGCAGAGUCCUUCUACGAACCGAACUGUGAUAAUAAAGCCAAUGUUACGAUUAAACCAAUUUAUUUUUGGCCUGGUCAGCGUACUGACCUUCGAUGUGUAAUGUGUCGUCGAGCGUUUACUUUUAAUGGAUUAAUGAAGCACUGGUGGUUUAUGGCGGCAAAGGACGUUGAGAAUGCACUGGGAGAUAUGAAAAAUCUUAGGAAUUCACCUAAAUGGAAUCAGCAUUUGCUGACAUUAAGUGCCGAUUAUGGAGAUAAUAGAUGGCGUGAUUUCGGCGCAAUGCCAAGUGACUUUGAAGCUGGAACAAAUCAGCGAUCACAGACUGUACUCAUACAGAGAAGGGGAAUGCUAAUCUUGUUACAGCCAACCUCCGAGAAUGAAGGCCUGUAUCGUUGCUUGGAUGUUGCCUCCAGAAAUGUCUUACACUUCGUUUAUUAUUUAAUUGCCAUGCAACCACUUUUCAUUUAUCUCAAGUAAGUAAUUCACUUUGUAAAAAGUUGUGGAUCUUGAUAGAUUGCUGUAAGAGCUGUUGAAGCAGACUGAACCUGUGUUCCUGGCGAAAGUUGUGCAUGCAAACUAUCAAUAACAUAUAUUGAAGAUAGAUUAAAAAUGGUUUUUGGACUAUCAUUGCAAGCCUUUUUCGUGUCCGUAACUAUUUGCCUUUUUGAUCGCAACAUAUUAUCUCAUCGUGAGUUGCCCUUUUAUCCCGCUCUUAUAAUUUAAAAAACAUUUCCUCCAAAUUUUAUA